AUGAUUUCUGUGACAGACUACGAUGCAAUAUUUCAUGAAAUGUAAAUUCAUAUUUGCUACAUAGGUAAGUAAAGAGAUAGUAUCUUGAUGAGAGUAUAAAAAAUCUGCAAAAUUUAAAUGAUAAUAAAAUCAAUCAGGCAUUAAUUAAAUUGACAACGGAAUAGUUGAAUAAGUUAAAAUCUGAAAAGUAAAGAUUAUUAUUUUAAUAAUUUGAUUAGAAAUUCUUAAAAACAAAAAUAUGCUGAAUAUUUAAAAGAAGUAAAUGAAAUUUUGGAAAACAAUAUAAAAAGGUAUUAAAUUUUGAAAUAUCAUUUAGUCAAUAAAAUUUGUAUAUAAAAGAUGAUAGAUUAUAUUAGAUUAAAACAAGUCUUUAACCUUAAUUAUUAGCAUUUAUACCUUCAGUGUAAAAUUUUAAACUCUAUUAAGGGGUUUGCGUCAUAAAAGAUUAUUGUAAUAGGAAUAAGUAGAUGUAAAAAUUAGAAGACAUAAAAAUUAAAAUGAAGAAAGACUUAAAUAGAUAGAAUCUCUUACAGGAAUAGGAGAUUAAGAGAUGAAAUAGAUUUCAUAGAAUUUAUCUAAAUAUGCAAAAAUUGAAGAAACGAAUACACCUAAAUAAGAUGAUUAUAUUUUUGACAAUGGUUCUCUGGUCAUAUCUAAAAGUCAAUCUUAAAUUAAAUAAAAAUAAUUGUAAUAAUAAAACCCUGAAAGUUCUAUUCCUGGUGCUUAAAUGAAUUUCUAGUAGAAAUCAUUAAGAGGUCAACAAUCAUCUAAACUAAAAUAUGGAGAUUAUGAUGAUGAUGAUGAUGUAAAUUGA